AUGGUGGAGCAGCAGGUGCUGGGCAUGGCGCAACAGAUGGAGGAUGCCCUGGAUGACGAGCUGCACAAGAUGAACAACAUGACGGAGGACGACCUGGAGGACAUCAGGCGGAAGCGCCUGGAGGCGAUGAAGGCUGGGCAGACCAAGCGCAAGGAGUGGCUGGCGAAGGGCCACGGCGAGCUGCGCAGCCUCGCGGACGAGAAGGAGUUCUUCGCGGAGAUGAAGGGCGAGGAUAAGAUGGUGGUGCACUUCUACCGCAACAACUGGCCGUGCAAGGUGAUGGACAUGCACCUCGACCUCCUCUCGAAGAAGCACCUCGAGACCAAGUUCGCGAGGAUCGACGCCGAGAAGUCGCCGUUCCUCACCGAACGGCUCAAGAUCUGGAUGCUCCCGACCCUCGCGCUCAUCUCCAAGGAGAAGGUGCUCGACUACGUCGUCGGGUUCGACGAUCUCGGGGGCACCGACGACUUCCCCACCGAGCAUCUCCGGCUGUGUCUCGCGGCGAAGGGCAUGCUCAACUACGAGGGCGGCGACGAGGGAUCGGACGCCAACCCGCGGGCGCAGAAGAAGGCGACGACGGUGAUCGAGAAGAGGAACCUUCGCAAGGGCGGAGGGACCUUGGUGCUCGGGUCGGAGGACGAGACCAGCGACUUCUCCGACUGA